AUGUGGACAGCUCUGAAGUUCAUCCUCGCUUGCAUACCCGUUUUAAUCAGGGCUGCCUGUGGCUCUCCCGUAGAAUUAAUCUUUCGGGAAUCUUCGCUUUCUGUGCUGGUAAUCUACAAUGACUACUGUCCCGCAUCCUGGUUAACGGAUAUCUUUGGAAAUCCCAAAAUUCCGGUGGUAAUACGCUCAGCCAUAGAUGCUCACCCGAUACUCCAGCAGUUCUCCCGACCUUUGCAUGUUCUGUGUUUGCCUGGACGUGAGCUGCAAUUUGAUCGUAAAUUACUCCAAAAUUUGGCCACUUCACUGGAGGGGUUUCCCCAACAACAUGUUGUAUUGUAUUUAGCCAACAGUUCAUCAGAUCGUAAUAGAAUGGACGCUCUUUUUCAAGCCAGUUAUGAUUUUCGUAUUCAAAACGUAGUUUGCCUCUCGGCUUCCGAUGAGCGGAUAUACUUCUACAGAUAUCACCGAUAUCCUAUCUUUCGAACGGAACAAAAGCCCUUACAAUCAUCCCACAUCUUUGAAAAGCAAUCACCCAACAUGCAGGGUCAUCCACUGAUUGUGAUUCCCGACCAAUGGUUGCCGCGCUCGAUCCUGUAUGUGAACAGACGCACGGGUAAUAAAAUCCUGGCCGGAUCCGUGGGACGUUUCAUUCACGUUUUGGCCUGGAAACUGAACGCCACACUGCAGUUGACUGAGGAGGUCACUCCCGGACGGUUCCUUCAAACGAACGAACUUCGCGAGCUGGACAAAGAAAUCUGCAUUGAUGUCUCGGCGAGUAUGUCGAUGCUGGAGCGAGAAGACCAGUUGCCACGCACAAGCUAUCCUCUUGAGCUGACCCACAUUUGCCUGAUGAUACCCGUGGCCCAGGAGAUUCCGCUGAAGGACAUCUACUGGCACCUGAGCAGCGCUACCAAUAUGAUUCUGGCUGUGACCAUUGUUUAUGCAUUUGGCUUGGUUUUGUGCUUACUUCGAGUGUUGAGGAGCGACAAUGUCCGUCUCGUAGAUUUCCUGCUGAACGAUAGGGCUUUGCGUGGGGUUCUGGGCCAGUCCUUCAUGCUGUCCUGGCCAAGGAGAGGCAAUUCUAGUCGAUGUAUCUACCUGAUGCUUGGUAUCGUGGGUCUCAACGUAAGCAGUAUCUUCGAAGCGGCUCUAGAGACCAUGAUGGCACAUCCCCCGCGGGAGUUUCAGGCGCAAAGCUUCUCUGAUCUGCGGCGAACACGAAUGCCCCUGGUGACCACGCCCGAGGACUUGCACACAGUGGUGGACAAGCACCUCAACCUCUUGGUCGUCAAUGUGAGUGAGUACCACCACUUGAGGAGUGGCGGUAACGCAAGCAGUGCCUACUUCGCCUCACGACUACACUGGACGCUCUUCAAUGAGCAGCAGAAGCGGUUCACCCGGCAGCUCUUCAUAUACUCCACAGACGCUUGCCUUUGGUCGCUGGCCCUGCUCUCGUUUCAGUGGCCGCAGAGUUCCUGGCUCGCUGAGCCAGUCAGUAAGCUGAUACUGGAGAUAAGGGCCAAUGGGUUGUACCAGUUCUGGGUGGGAAUGCAUCACUACGAUAUGACGGAGGCGGGUUUGGCCGGCCUAGAGGAUCCCAGUCUUACGGAAGAUGUGAAGGGAUGUGCUGCACUGCGGCUGGACGAUCUGCAAUGGGUGUGGCUGGCCUACGAAGUGCUCGUGGCUGUUUCCUCGCUAGUCUUCUUGCUGGAAAUGAUCUGGAAAAGACUUGGAUUCACACAUUUAUUCGACAAUUCAAUUAAUUUUAUCAACAAUUAUGGAGCAAAUUAA